AUGCACACACAAUUAUACAAUGUUUUGCCACCUGGCGUAAAUACUCAGUCACAAUCCCAUUUAAGAUCGCAAACUUCCCAUUUAUCAAAUACACCAUUGAUUUAUUCUCAUUAUUAUCCAAAUGAUACGGUAUCACAAUCAACUCAUCAACACCAUCACCAUCAUCACCACCAUCACCAACAACAUCGGGAGUUGUCACAGAUUACUACAACAACCCCACCACCACCACAGACCGGAUCAGGAGCAGCACCGUCUAAUUACAUAGAGAAUGUACCUAUUAUUGAAAAUUAUCAGUUAUCAAAUGAAUCUAGACAUGUAACUGAUACUGACAGUUUAUUUCCAAGUAUUGCACCAUAUACAACUAACUCACUGUCAACAGCGUCCACGUUGUCAUCGUCCUCAUCCUCAUCUACUUCGAUAUCCUCUUCAACUUUAAUGCCCGAAACAGCAAUCGAUUAUAAUAAUCGUGGACAUUUAAAUUAUGCUCUAUCUUAUUUAUCAAAUCAGACAAGUAAUAAUAAAAAUUUUAUUAAUUCAAAUUCAUAUCAUUCACUGAAUGGUUUACAACAAAUAAAUUCUUCAAAAGAAUCAAUUAGUGCGGAUCAUUUAAAAUUAUUAUAUCCUCAAUGUUAUGUUACCCCACCGACAUUGAAUGAAGAUUUAUUGGAUACUUCACAAUCGACUGGAUCAUGUGAUACCUCAGUGGCAAAUGUAUGGCCUCAAUCAAUUAUUAGUGCUCAAUAUUCAACAAAUUUUUUAUCUUCAUAUUCAACAGGGAUGGCAGCUGCUGCAGCAGCAGCUGCCGUGGCUGUCCAUUCAACAUCUUUUGAUUAUACACAACCAUCAAUGAUGUUAUCCCCUUCAGGAUCAAAUACAGCACAACUUUGUCGUCAUUUAAAUGACAGACAUUUAGGAAAUAAUAAUAAUAACAAUGAUAAUAAUAAUUCAAAUAUAUGUAAUAAAACAACAGGACGUAUAAAAUCAACAAAUUAUUUAACGUCUACUCCAAUUUCAUCACAUGUUAAUGUAAAUAGUCAUAUUUCAGAGACCAAUUUUCCAUUACCAACCUAUUCUUCUGUAUCGACAUCAUCUUGUUUACCUUCUGCAACAUGUGAAUUAUAUAAUAUACCACAACAUAUUUUAUCUAAUCGUUUAUCAAUGAAUCAACAUAUAGCUUCCACUACAUUAACAUCUGUACCAACUGGUGAAGUAAGAAAUUUAAUCAAUAACGAAUUAUAUUAUUGUCAAUGGAUUGAUCCAGUACCUACAAUACCUGGUUCUAUACCGAAACCAUGUUCUAGAGUGUUUGAUUCAGUUACAGAAAUAGUUAAUCAUAUAACUUUAGAACAUGUUGGUGGUCCAGAACAAUUAGAUCAUACAUGUUAUUGGAAAGAUUGUAUACGAGAUGGUAAACCAUUUAAAGCAAAAUAUAAAUUAGUUAAUCAUAUUCGUGUACAUACUGGUGAAAAACCAUUUCCAUGUCCAUUUAGUGGAUGUAUGAAAGUAUUUGCACGUAGUGAAAAUUUAAAAAUUCAUAAAAGAACACAUACUGAAAAUUUACAUCAAGGAAUAAUGUCGUUAUCUGAAGAAAUGUUAAAGAAUAAAGGAACACUGAAUCGUUUCUCUAUAACUAAUACUUGA